AUGGCCUGGAUCGAUGCUCGACAAUAUUGUUUCAAUGAUUCGUCUUCAUUGUCAAUCAAUGAUACUGUAAUAAAUUCAACUACUCAUCUAGUUGCACUUGAACAUGUUACAGAAAAAACAUCAUUAUAUUAUUGGAUGAAAGCUUAUGGUAUCGAAACUCAAUUUUGGAUUGAUGGUAUUGUUUCAACAUCAUCAUGGGAUUGGUCAAAUCAAUCAAUAACAUGGUAUUUUGAAGUAAACGAACGUGCAGUAACAGGAAAUGGAUCGAAUUAUAAACUUAUUUAUAAUUCAAAUCAAACAAAUUAUCAAAUAGCUGAUGACGAUGACAAGAAAUCAUUGAAUUUCAUUUGUGAAUAUCAAGUACCAUGUAAUGAAAGUCAUCCAUGUCAAAAUAAUGCAAAAUGUUAUAUGAAUGUUGGAAGAGAAAUUUGCAUUUGUUCAUCAGGAUUUACUGGACAACAUUGUGAAACUGAAAUUAAUGAAUGUUUAUCAUCACCAUGUUUACAUGGUGGAAUCUGUAUAGAUGAUAUAGAUAACUAUACAUGUAAUUGUUCUGAUAUAUUUUAUACUGGAUCAAAUUGCGAAAUACCACUUGAUGAUCCAACUCAAAGUCAACGUUCAGCUGCAUUUUGGUCUGUUCUUGGUGUUGUAAUUGGUUUAGUAAUCAUAUUAACAUUAUCUGAUUUACCUUGGGAAAAUAUUAUUAAUACUAUUGGAUGUACAUGUUAUCGCUUAAAAUGUUGUUCUGAACAAAAUGAUGAUGAAAAUAUCAAUGAAAAAGAUCUUCAUGCAUCAAAUUCAUCUAUAAGUGAUAAUAAUUUACGAGUAAAAAAUAUAUCAACAUCUGAUGGAAUAUUAACAUCAAACGGAACGAAUUAUCAUGUAAUGAAUACAGUGUGGAAUCCUGAACAUAUACAUAAUCAAACAUUAUUAAAUUCUCAAAAUAAUGGAUAUCGAACAUUAAAUCAAAGUACAACACCUGAUAAUGUACUUAUACAAUCAUUUACUGUUGCUACUAUGGCUAAACAAAAACAAAAAGAAUUAGAUGAUGAACAUAUUUAUGCUGUUGAUAUAAAUGAAUCAACAAAUUCAACAUUGAAAACAAAAGAUCCUAUUAAUAUAAUGGUUAAUUGGACACAGCAAUUACAAGAACAAUUAAGAAAUAAAAAAACUCGUGAAACGAGUGUUAGUUCAACUAAGCAAUUAAUUCAUUCAUCAAAUAUAAGUGACUGUUAA